AUGCUCCUUAACGCCACCGUCCCUCUGUCGGUGGACUUCAACACUCCGGAGGACUUCCUCAUCUUCAUCUUCCACAUUGUGUUCGCCACCAGCGCGGCGCUGGUCGCCGGCUCGGUGGUGAUCGGGAUCUCCUGCACCCGGUCUCUGCGAGGCCAGAACCGCUUCAUAUUCAUGCUGAACACGAGCAUCAGUGACACGCUGACCGGCUUCUCGGUCUACUACCUCGGCCUCUUCGACGUCCAGGAGGGCUACCCCUCCAGGAACGGCACGUUUUACAUCUUGCCCUCAUUCCUCGGUGUAAAUGUGUUGACCUUCCUGUUCGCUCAGUUUGAUCGUUACCUCGCUGUGUGUCAUCCAUUCUUUUAUAACCGCUUCAUAAGCAGGUACUUUGUCAUUGGCAUCUGCGCAUUUUGUUGGAUUUACACCUACUCCAUCCUCACUGUGCAGAGCAUGGUGCCAAUUUCAACAGCGGCUCAGAUUAACGCAUUCGGUGUAAUGACUCUGCAGAUUAUAGUUGUGGUCAAACUGCUGAUGACUGUUAAAUUAUACAUCAUCGCCAGGAACCACCUGGUGAGAGAGGCGCCCAGCGCGGACAUAGAGAACAAGAAGGAGUCGCUGCGCAUCAUUGUGUUUGUGGUGAUUUGCUUCUUGGCGCUGUGGUGUCCGUCAUUCGUGAAUAUCAUUGUCAGACAGUUGACCAGGGGAGGUCUGAGGUUCAGGAACGAGGCCACCAACCUGUUCGCCAUCUUGGCUCGACUGAACGCACUGGUCACCCCGGCUCUGUACAUCUGGGGCAGCCCGGCGCUGCGGGGGGCCGUGUGGGUUACUGUGUGGCGGAGGAUCUGCCCCGGGCGGAGGGCGAGAAUUGGUUUUACUAUUGAUGGAGUGACAAACAAAUGA